CUUUCAUAUAUGCCUGUCUUCAGCACUCUGACUCACUCUCUCAGCCUGCAUUUAUACACAAGCAAUCAUUAUUCUUUCUCCAUACAGCAAGCUCUCUUCAUCAUCCAUCUUCUUCCAUUUUUAUGGAUUUCUUUCCAUUCCUACUUCUAAUCCUUAUGGUCCCUUUGACUUCAAGCAAUGCUCAAAGGCCACCUUCUCCUGGCUACUGGCCAAGCUCUAAGUUCAGGUCCAUGAGCUUUUAUGAUGGAUAUAGAAACCUCUGGGGUCCUACCCACCAAAGAUUUGACCAAAAUGCAUUGACAAUCUGGCUCGAUCAUACUUCAGGAAGUGGGUUCAAGUCUGUUCGUGCAUUUCGAUCUGGGUACUUUGGUGCCUCCAUUAAGCUUCAACCUGGUUACACUGCAGGAGUCAUAACUGCUUUCUACCUCUCCAACAAUGAAGCUCAUCCAGGUUUCCACGAUGAAGUGGACAUUGAGUUCCUGGGAACGACAUUUGGGAAGCCUUAUACCUUGCAGACCAAUGUUUACAUCAGAGGGAGUGGGGAUGGGAAGAUUAUUGGCAGAGAGAUGAAGUUUCACUUAUGGUUUGACCCCACCAAGAAUUUUCAUCACUAUGCUAUUUUGUGGAGUCCUAAAGAGCUCAUAUUCCUUGUGGAUGAUGUUCCCAUCAGAAGGUACCCGAGGAAGAGUGCUGCAACCUUUCCACUGAGGCCAAUGUGGGUUUAUGGUUCUAUAUGGGAUGCCUCCUCAUGGGCCACUGAAGAUGGCAAAUAUAAAGCUGACUAUAGGUACCAGCCAUUCAUGGCACAGUAUACCAAUUUCAAGGCCAGCGGUUGCUCCGCCUAUGCUCCCACUUGGUGCCGCCCGCUCUCCGCCUCUCCUUCCCGCUCCGGAAGACUGACCAGACAACAAAACUGGGCCAUGAGAUGGGUUCAAAGCCACCAUUUGGUGUAUGACUAUUGCAGGGACCCCAAGAGAGACCAUUCCCUAACACCUGAGUGCUGGGGUUGAAAUUAGAAGUAAAACCUGGAAUAAUCGCCACGACCGGCCAUUCUUAUUAUGCAAAGGGCAUCAUUCUAAUUUUCAUCUUGUGAUGAUCAUGAUGAUUACUAUUUUUUGAGAUUUUAAUUAUGAGAGUGUCUUGAGAUGGGUCCCACUUGCCAGCAAGUUUGAUGCAAGGGUACUUCAGCGUCCAAGGCUCUCCCAACAAAAGAAAUAAGAUAUUGGAAAAUUUUGUGUGGAUUUCUGCAUGUACGUGUGUUUAAUAUGAAUAUUCAUGAUUUAAAUUAUUGUAUCAUUUGAAUUUAAAAUAUUUACAUA